CACCACUAGAAGGGCUGAUAAAUCGAGAUCGUGACUUUAUUGAAGCUUAUUUACAGAAAGAGGGCUUAUCUCCAGAACAAAUUGAUAGCUUACGGAAAAGGAAGUUUGUAUUUAUUUUAGAUGGUUAUGAUGAGAUUGCUGAACGGGAACGUAAUUGCUAUAACUGCAAUAUGUUCUCUAAAUGGAAAAACGCGAAGAUUAUCAUCAGUUGCCGACCAGAGUACUUAGGCGAAGGUUAUGAAAAGAAGUUCUGGCCUAAAGAAAACGAAAGAAAAGGGUUUCAGGAAUUGACAAUUACCCCAUUUUCGCAGGUUGAAAUAGAACAGUAUAUCAACAAUUAUGUUGAUUAUUGCCAGAAGAAUGGUAAACGAUUAGUGUGGAGCGCAGACGAAUAUAUACAACAAAUAAAGAACAUGCCACAAGUACAAGGUCUUGCGUCUAAUCCUAUUCUAUUAAAAAUUACUUUAAAUGUUUUACCAAAAAUUAUCAAAGAAAAAGAAACCUAUCAGAUAAAUCGUAUAGUUUUGUAUGAUGAAUUUAUUAAGGAAUGGUUUGAACGUGCUCAGACUCGCCUGUCAAAAAUUCAAUUAAAGCCUAAAGAAAAAGAGAAAUUUAGCCUCUUGGAUGAGGAAGGUUUUUCUAAACAUUGUCUACGAUUUGGUAAACAAUUUGCUGCUAAGAUGUUUGAGGACAAUAACAAAGUAGUUGUAAAUUAUGAGGAGGUGGAUGAGGAUGAGGACACAUCCGAUUUGGCGAAAUUUUUAGGAAAUGCAAAUGAGAAGCAUCGUUUGAUGCGCUUCAGCAUGCCAUUAAUUCGACGUGGAGAUCAAUAUUGGUUUUUCCAUAAAUCAUUGCGAGAUUACUUGAUUGCUUGUGAGUUGAUAGAUUCAUCUAAAAAUACGUCAGAAACAACACUCUUCAACAAACAGUCGAUUAUGCCAGAACCUGCAAUUCAAGACUUUUUGGUUGAACGAAUUCAACAAAAGUCAGAACUCAAACAACAGAUGUUAAAUUUUAUCGAAUGUUCGAAAAAGAAUGCAAACAUUCAAAUUGCAUCCGUUAAUGCCAUUACAGUUCUUAUGCGUGCCAAAAUAAAACUUCCGAUGAAUUUAAACAAUAUUCGUGUCCCAGGGGCGGAUUUGAGCAAUGGAGUUUUUAAUAAUUCACAACUAGUAAGAGCUAAUUUAAACAAUGUAAAUUUUCAAAAUGCAAAACUUCGAAAUGUGAAUCUCGAGGGUGCGUCCCUUCAAAAUGUGAAUCUCAAGGGUGCAGAUCUCACUGGUGCAAAUCUUCGGUAUUCAAAUCUUCAAGGUGCUGAUUUUCAUGAUUCUUACCUCAAAAAUGUAAAUUUUGAAGGCGUAAAUCUCCGAGUUCAGGAUUUCCGAGGAUUUGACCUCCGAAAUACAGAUUUCUGUGGUACAUAUUUCUAA